GUGAUUAUUUCUAACUCAAAGCUCGCAGCUUUCUCAAGGAUCCCAAGACACAUGAAUUCACUUUGUCUUCAGUGUAAUGUUCUGUAAAACUGAUUUCAGUCUCCUGCAGACAAGGCCCUUCACUAUGGGCCCCUCUACAUUUUCUGCAUCCGGGCUUGAAGUAUCUAAGAAGGGCAUGCUACUAUGGGAAAGAUCUGUUUCUGAGUCAGGAGAACAACAUGCAGCCAGCUCAUAGUGACAGGUGCAAGGCAUGACUCACUUUGGUUUCCUCACCUGCAAAGGGAGAGAGAACCCAGCAAGCACCAGAAUUUCCUGAUACACCAGGGGAGGUUACCGAAAUCUUUGUCCUUUUUUUCACUUAGGACAAGACAUGAAUGCACCUUGUUUUGCCACCGCUCAAGACAACUAACUAGCCUGCCCCAAAGUCAAAACAACCAACCUAUGAAAGCUGGAGGGUUGGACUUAUUUUUUUUAAGGCCUGAAUGAAGUGGUGUCUUCGUGCUGACAGCUGAGAAGCAGGUCGGUCAGGUUCCUGGGUGCUCUAUUACACAAGCAAGGUACAGCCAGCGCCACCUAAUUUUGUUUCUCUGGCACCCUCCUCCUUAGUGGGACGUCAUCACACUUAACCCAUCUGCUUUCUCUAAUGCACGGCAGACGCAUUCCAGCCAGGACAGCUGUGAUAUUCCAGCUCCUGUUUGUAAACACCUACUAGACCCUAAGCUUUCCUUUAAUAACACCAAUGCCAAAGAAGGCUACGAUGUUGACCUCGGCCCAAAUUCUGUUCAUUUCAACACUGUUCAGUUUACUACUAUUUGGAGGCUACGGGGGAGAAGGUCUAGAAGUAAGCACAAUGCAAAACAUUGCAGAAGGCUUCAAAACAAGGGCAAAUGGACAUGUGUCUUUGGAAAGUGAAACGAAUUUAAAAUCAAAUCAAGGAGACAGAGAAACCUCCAAUCCUAAAGCAAGUAACUCCUCUCUUCAGGAGUCAUCAAAUAAAAUCCAUGAAACAACAAAUUUCAUCACUAUUUUGCCAAUAGACAACUUAUCCAGGAGUCCGAGACCUACAUCCCCGUUUUCCACAAGCCCUCCCUUGAGCCACAGUUUUGUGUCUAAAUUGCCUCAGAACUCACCUGUAGCAGCAGAUGGAAAUCCUGUGUCAGUCUCAGCACCUCCCAACACUACAUCUGCUGUAACUUCAGAAGAUUUCACUUGGUCUUCAGCCAAUGAUAUCAUGAAAACUCCUGAGAACACCUCCCUGACAGGUAGCAUCCUCCCUUCAGCACCACCCACCAUACCUAUGAACCCCACGACGACGGAGCCUAAUGGAUGGCUGACCACAACGGGUGAUCCCUUGGGGGGAUUAACCCCCUAUCAGGAAACGACACCACAGCCCACCUUAAAAUUCACCAAUAAUUCAAAACUCUUUCCAAAUACAUCAGACCCCCAAGAAGAUAAUAGAAAUACAGGAGUAGUAUUUGGGGCCAUUUUAGGUGCUAUUCUGGGUGCUUCAUUGCUUAGUCUUGUUGGCUACUUGUUGUGUGGAAAAAGGAAAACCAACUCAUUCUCCCAUCGGCGGCUUUAUGAUGACAGAAACGAACCAGUUCUGCGAUUAGACAAUGCACCGGAACCUUACGAUGUGAGUUUUGGGAAUUCUAGUUAUUACAACUCAAAUGUGAAUGAUUCAUCCAUGCCUGCAGGCAGAGAAAACGCGCGUGACGGCAUUCCUAUGGACGACAUACCUCCGCUUCGUACCUCAAUAUAAAACUAAGGGGAAAAGGUUUCAGAGGGCACGUGUUCACCUACACCCCGGCCUUUUCACAAACCCAUCUUCCAAAAGCUGAAGCAAGAUCACUGUCACGUGGCUUGUGCCAAGGAGAACUGGAAAAACAUGAGAUCAGUGUCAGAAACAGAGAGAGAGGUGAAAUCGCCCAGAAAAUGUCCUUCCUUACCAUGGUAGGCUGUGCUGAACAUGUACUGAGUCACCUUCAUUUGUAUUUUGGUCUAUUAUUUUCUCAGUAAGAAAUGUUUGGGGAAUCAGGUAAGACUUAAAAGAUUUCACCUUGAUGGCCCUGCUUGGUCAUUUAAUUAAAAAAAUUUUUUUUCCAAUGAAAAUGGAGACCCGAAACUACAUUUUCACUUUUUUUUUUUUUUGGCCAAAAAUCAAUGGAUUAACUUUUCACUGUUCCCCCUGUAGUCCUAGUGUCAUCAUUUCAGUUGACAUCCUGUUGAAGGAACAUUGGAAGUGAUUUUUUUUUUUUAAUUUUGGCUUAAAGCUAGAAAAUGUCCCCCUGUAGUCCUAGUGUCAUCAUUUCAGUUGACAUCCUGUUGAAGGGACAUUGGAAGUGAUUUUUUUUUUAAAUUUUGGCUUAAAGCUAGAAAAUGAGUAUGACAUAGAAUUUCUGUUUCCGGGAAAUUAAGAUAAUGGAAUGAGAGACUUAUAUUCUAGUACAUUUUACUUUUCUGGGUCAGCACACACAUAGUCAGUCCCUUGGUUGUCAAGCUGACAAGAACUUUGUAUUCAACAGGGCCCUAUGAGGAAGGCUGACCCUAACAAGAAAAGCAAUUGUUUUUCCUCAAAGGAUGGGACAAUUCCUACCUCUCUGGCUUACUUUAGGCCUCAAUGAAUUGGGUACUUUAAAAAUUCAAUUAGAAACAGGGUGAAAAAAAGUCAGCCAAAGCACGUACCUGUACAUAAUUUUGACAGUUUUAAGAUGUUAGGUAGGAAAAGAAUUUAUGUAUUAGAUAUUAUGGCUAAAUCAUAAAUGGAAGAGAUUCUACAUCUCUAAAUAUAUGAAGUACCAGGUUUAACAAUAGAUGUAUGGAAAUAUUCAGCAAACAAAACAUUUUCUGAGCAUCACUUUCAUGAUCGAAAUAUAAGAUUCCUGUAUGUUUCAGGUUGUUUUUAAUUACGACCUGCUUUUGGCAGGAAAAACAUUCUCCUUAGUACAGGAAGAUCUGAGGCUUUUAGGAAUCAGAGGAUUAGAAGAUCAAGAGACAAAUUUCUAAAGAAGCAGUGAACGAGUGAAGACGGCAAACAAAGCCAGAGACUUUACUGUUGAAUUGAUAGAUGGGGUGUGUGUGUGUGUGUGUGUGUGUGUGUGUGUGUGUGUGUGUGUGUGUGUGUGUGU